GUAAUUUAAUAGAAUUUAUAGUAAAUACAAUGUAUAACACCAAUAAGAGUAAAUAUGAAUUAUAUGAGGCCAUAGUGAUUAUUGAUGGUGCAGAGUUCCCUAUCUCUUAUUUGUUUAUAUCACCUGGUAGAAAUCGCAAUAUUACAGAAAUUCUUACAACAUGGUUUUCAAUAUUGAAAGCAAAAGGAUUG